GAUUGUAGCGUUAUUGUUCGAUGCAAAUUCAAAGCAUUUGUGCUGAUCAAGUAAACAUAUAUGCAGGCGUGGGUUUUCAUUUAAAUUGACUGUGCCAGUUGGACCGUCCAGCCGUGAGUACACUCCCCGUCGCUUCAUAUAGCUGUUACCUGAGCGUUCUUCGGCAGAAAUAGCCAGAACGCUAGAAAAUGGCUGACAUAGAUGAUGUGAAGAUGGAAAUGGGGAAGAAGGAUGAUGUCACCGCUUCGAAUACAGCAAGACCGACCAAGGAGAAGUCUUUCUACCAGAAGCACAAGGUGGUAAUAUGGAUCGUCGUUGCAUUGGUGGUGUUUGCCAUAGCUGCUGGCAUUGGUGUAGGCAUCGCUAAAGCUUUAGAGGAUGAUCUAGAGUACCAUAGGAAAGUGUGGUUUCAUGGCGCUUGUCCCAAAGAUCGCGAAUCCUGUCCCAGUGGAUUUGACCGUGCUCCGCUGAUUGUUGUUGGUUUAAAUGGAUUCACUGGUGACAUAUUCGAUCGUCAUUUGGCCAAGCAUAUUCAUAAAUUACGUGAAUGCGGAGCACAUACUCCGAAUAUGUCUAGUAUGUUUCCACUAUCAACGUAUCCUAACUACUACUCUAUAGCAACGGGUCUAUAUCCGGAUGUCCACGGUAUCGUUGAUGAUUACAUGGUAGAUGAAGACUAUGACACUGUGUGGGAGAACGGCACUGAUCGUAGUCGUCCCAAAGACAAAGUGACUGCUGCACGAUGGUACAAGGGAGAACCUAUAUGGGCGACUGCCAGAAAGAAGCAUCGCAAUUCUGCUGCCCUCUUGUGGCCAGGCUCUGAUGUUCCAAUUGAAGCUCCCAAUGAGGAUAACUCUGCGACGCGACGACAGGAAUGGCUUUGUACCGGAGUGGCACCUGAGUAUUUCUUCAAUAAUUUAACAAGUCGUAUGCUUUUUAUUGGAACUGGUUAUGCCUUCCGACACAACUUCACUUUGGAGACAAAUUUCCGCAGCAUAGAACUGUACAAUGUUAUGGCAGAGCUUCUUGACAUUGAAGGUGAUCCAAAUAAUGGAACUGAAGGGGCUAUACGUGAUAGUUUACGUGAGCCAAAGAAUUUGAUGAGAACACUUCCCCAAGUGUCACGUCCAAUCAAUGCUUUGUAUCCAAACGAUGAUAUGUAUGAAUUACGGAUUCAAGACGAUGGAACUGAUUGUAAUUGUGACAAUAUUGAUCAGUACUUCACCGGCAGCCAAUAUGACAUCGACUAUUUUAACGACAGAUUGGACGUGGAGGAUUCAAAAAUUACAGAUAAUCGAGAUGAUGCACCGUUUGGAUUACCAACUAUAUUUAAUUUAACGACUGAACAACCUGGAAAUUAUUCGCUACUCACCAACGAAGAAUACAUUGUGGCCUGGGACAACUAUCUCAAAGUUCCCAAAUACAUCACUUACAGUUUGGAAAAACAGUACACUAAUCGAGGAAGCUUUAACGAGAUUAUCAACUGUAUUCGUCAAGAUGUUCGUUUAAUCGAUGAUUAUGAACCACGUUGUAGUGACUAUGAAUUGCUGGGACUGCACAAUAUUACAUUAGGCUUUAUGAUCUAUCCAGCCUCUGCUUUAACAAUGCGGCAGCAAAUGGACAUGUUGCUGACUUCGAAUACCGCUCCGAUGUUUAAAGAAUUCGAAAAAGGUAUAUGGAAAUUCUUGCAUGAGAAGUACAAUGACUGGGCGGAUGAAUUUAAUGGCAUAAACAUUAUCAUUGGACCAGUAUUUGACACCAAUCAUGAUGGAAAACUAGACACACAUGAAGAUAUGGCCGAUAGCAGUUUCUGGAUUGGAUCCACUCCUAUGCCAAGUCAUUUCUUUGCUCUCCUGACACGAUGUAAGCAAGGCAAACUCUCACAGUACUGUGACUAUGAAGACCGAGAGUAUCUUUCUUUUGUACUACCUAACGUCAAUGAGAUUAAGAAUUGCCAG